CUUUUCGAUACUGACUCUCCAGCGUCUGCAGUCCUCACUUUGAUGUCAAUGUCUGACAGUCACUCAAUCCAUCGGGACCGCAACAAUUUUUGACUGAUUCUGUGAGAAGGAGCAAAGCUUUUUGGUUCCUGUUUCAGUCCGUUUUCAGCAUCAGUGGGACUGGAUGAGAGACCCUACUGUUGGAGUGCACUGAGUGUGGAGCCUGAAAUAGUUAUAAGGCCGGGGAAGAGCUCUACACGUGUUGUGUGUGGCUGAAGCUUCGGCCAUGGAGAAACCCGAGGAAUCCUGCCCCAUGGAGAAACCGUGGAAGUGUGGAGACUGUGGAAAAAAUUUCCGUUUCCCAUCUGCUCUGGAGAUUCAUCGUCGCAGUCACACCGGGGAGAGGCCAUUCCCCUGCACCAACUGCGGGAAGGCCUUCAGCAAUUCCUCCGACCUGGUGAGGCACCAGCGGGUCCACACGGGGGAGAGGCCCUUCAGCUGCCCCGAUUGCGGGAAGGCCUUCAGCAAUUGCUCCGACCUGUUGAGGCACCGGCGAGUCCACACGGGGGAGCAGCCCUUCAGGUGCUCCACAUGCGGGAAGGGCUUUACCCAGGCCUCCACCCUGUUGGCCCACCGGCAGCUCCACACUGGGGAGAGGCUGUUCAUCUGCACCGAAUGUGGGAAGGGCUUCAGCAAUUCCUUCGCCCUGCUGACCCACCAGCGGGUCCACACGGGGGAGAGGCCAUUCCCGUGCACAGAGUGCAGGAAGGCCUUCAACAGUUCCUCUGACAGACUGAAGCACCAGCGGUUCCACACGGGGGAGAGGCCCUUCAGCUGCCCAGAGUGCAGGAAGGGCUUUACCCAGGCCUCUGACCUGCUGAGGCACCGGCGGGUCCACACAGGGGAGAGGCCAUUCACCUGCUAUCAGUGCGGGAAGAGCUUUAGCCGCUCCUCCCACCUGCAGAGUCACCUGCGGAGAUCACAUGAAUCCCACCCCGUGGAGGAAUCGUGGAAGUGUGGUGACUGCGGGAAAGGCUUCCGUGCUCCAUCUGCCCUGGAGAUUCAUCGGCGCAGUCACACCGGAGAGAGGCCAUUCAUCUGCCCCAAGUGUGGGAAGGCCUUCAGCAAUUCCUCUGCCCUUAUGAGGCACCGGUGGGUCCACACAGGGGAGAGGCCCUUCAGCUGCCCUGAUUGUGGGAAGGACUUCAGUUAUUCUUCUGACCUGCAGACCCAUCGACGGGUCCACACGGGGGAGAGGCCGUUCUCCUGCACUGUGUGUGGGAAGGCCUUCAGCACCUCCUCCACCCUCCUGACCCAUUGGCGGGUCCACACUGGGGAGAGGCCAUUCACUUGUUCCGAGUGCAGGAAGGGAUUCACUCAGGAGGGCAAGUUGCGGAUGCACCAGCGGGUCCACACUGGGGAGAAGCCUUUCAGCUGCCCCGAGUGUGGGAAGGCCUUCAACGAUUCCUCUUCCCUUCAGACCCACAAGUGGGUCCACACACAGGAGAGGCCGUUCCCCUGCACAGAGUGCGGCAAGCUCUUCAGCAAUUCCUCCACCCUGCUGAAGCACCAGCGGGUUCACACAGGGGAGAGGCCCUUCAGCUGCCCCGAGUGUGGGAAGGGCUUUACCCAGAUGUCCGUCCUGCUGAUCCACCAGCGGAUCCACAUCGGUGAGAAGCCUUUCUGCUGCCCUGAGUGUGGGAAGGGAUUCACUCAGAAGGGCAACUUGCGCACGCACCAGCGGGUCCACACCGGGGAGAAGCCCUUCAGCUGUCCCGAGUGCGGAAAUGCCUUCAGCGAUUCCUCCACCCUACUGAAGCACCAACGGGUCCACACGGGGAAGAGGCCAUUCCCCUGCCCCGAGUGUGGGAAGGCCUUUAGCAAUUCCUCCGACCUGCUGAAGCACCAGCGUGUCCACACGGGGGAGAAGCCCUUCAGCUGUCCCGAAUGUGGGAAGGCCUUCAGCGAUUCCUCCGCCCUGGUGAAGCACCGGCGGGUCCACACGGGGAGAGGCCCUUCAGCUGCCCCGAGUGUGGGAAGGGCUUUACCCGGGCAGCCACCCUGCGGAGGCACCAAGGAGUUCAUGUGCCAUCACAGGGGGAUUGAAGGAGCGACUGCCGAGUGCCAUUAUGGACUGGGCUAUCAACCCAGUUCUGGAACUCCCAGGUUUGAAUCCCACCGCAGCAGAUCGCGGAUUUGGAAUUCGGUCAGAAAUCUGGAGGUCAGAAUCUAACAAUGAAACCAUCGGGCGGGGUGGGGGGGAAGCCCCAUUCUGAUUCAGUCACAUCCUUUUUAGGGAAGGAAACUGCUGUUGUGGGAAAGGAUUCACUCAGUCGUCCCAGCUGCAUCCUUUCCCUGGUCUGGCCUACACGUGACUGCAGACCUACAGCAGUGUAGUUGACUCCACCUGCUUCCACCCACUUCUUUCCCUCCCCGCAGAUGGGCGGGGAGAAACUUACUUGGAGACAGGGUAUGGGUUGAAAUCGCUGAGUGAGGCAAUACUUCCUCCGGGUUAAGGCUGUAACAAAGAUCCAAUUACAAAGGGACAAGUCAGUGGUAACCAAUAGUAAAGAAAGUGGGGGGUUGGGCUUUGAUCUUGAGCUGUUUAAAAAGCAGCUACUUUUUCAACACCUUUUUGCUGAGGUGAUCUGGAGCUGUAACAAAGUUGGGUUGCAAUGAAGGUAACCUGAACUCUCUGGACGAGCUGACCAAGGCCCUCGAGUCCUUCGAAAAGAAUAAAACUCCCAGAAGCUACGGCUUACCGGUCGAGCUCUAUUCCGCUCUGUGGGACUUGAUUGGCCAGGACCUGCGGAGGUGUAUGUCAGUAUGCUUCGAGCAGGUACCAUGAGUGAAUCCAUGAGGAAAGGCAUCAUCACCUUCAUCUACAAGCGGAAGGGGGAGAGGGAGGAACUCAAAAAUUGGAGACCAAUUUCACUGUUGAAUGCGGAUUACAAAAUCCUGUCAAAGGUAAUCGCCAACCGGGUCAGGUCUGCUCUGGGGUCGGUGAUUCACCCUGACCAAACCUGUGCUGUGCCAGGCAGGAAGAUCACUGAGAGUAUCGCACUCCUCAGGAAUACGAUCGCCUACAAGCAGGACAGAGGGUUGGACACUUGCCUGAUCAGCCUGGACCAGGAGAAAGCCUUUGACAGGAUAUCACACAGGUAUAUGAAAGAUGUUCUCUCCAAAAUGGGCUUUGGGGAGGGAAUCUGCAAUUGGAUCAGACUGCUCUACACCAACAUCAUCAGUGCAGUCUCAAUCAAUGG